AAAAAAAAAAAAGUGAAGUGUUUCUGAUCAACAAUUGUAUUCUUUACCAUAGUCCUGUUGAAUAAUAAUCAUUACACAAUCCAGAAACAAGACAAAAAAGUUGAAGAAAAGAAAGGUCUAUCCUGAGUGGAAGAGAAGAUUGAAAGCAAAGUAGUUGAAGAUGGGUUUGGACUACUAUGAGAUUUUGGAGGUUGACAAGAAUGCCACAGACGAUGAAUUGAAGAAAGCAUAUAGAAAACUUGCCAUGAAAUGGCACCCUGACAAGAAUCCUGACAAUAAGAAUGAUGCUGAGACUAAAUUCAAACUCAUAUCUGAAGCAUAUGAGGUUCUAAGUGAUCCGCAAAAGAGAGCAAUUUAUGAUCAGUAUGGAGAAAGCAACCUUAAAAAUGGAAUGCCUACAGCAGGUGACAAUGCAGCUCCAUACUUCCAAACUCAUGAUGGCAGAAGGUUUAGGUUCAAUCCCAGAAGUGCAGAUGGCAUAUUUGCAGAAGUUUUUGGCUUUUCAAGCCCUUAUGGAGGAAUGGGAAUGAGGGGUGGCGGCUGCAGAGGCAUGGGCAUGAGGGGUCAGUCGUGGGUGUCCAGGUCUUUUGGCGAUAUUUUUGGCAAAGAUGUAUUUGGAGAAAGCAGACAAACGAGUCAAGCUCCGAGACGCAAGGCACCUCCCAUUGAAAAUAAAUUGCCUUGCAGCCUUGAGGAACUUUAUAAAGGCACUACCAAAAAGAUGAAGAUCUCAAGGGAAAUUGCAUACGCAAGCGGCAAAACUGUACCUGUGGAGGAAAUACUAACAAUUGAAAUCCAACCAGGCUGGAAAAAGGGAACAAAAAUCACUUUCCCGGAGAAAGGAAAUGAGCAACCAAAUGUCAUCGCUGCAGAUAUUGUAUUUGUUAUUGACGAGAAACCUCACAAUGUAUUUACAAGACAAGGUAAUGAUUUGGUUAUGACACAAAAGAUAUUACUUGCAGAAGGAGAAGCUCUAAGCAGAAGCUACACCUUCCAACUUACUACUUUGGAUGGACGAGGUCUGACCAUUGCCAUAGACAAUGGAAUUGAUCCAACCUAUGAAGAAGUGAUUGCCGGUGAAGGGAUGCCAAUUUCCAAGAAUCCUUCACAGAGGGGUAAUCUUAGGAUCAAAUUCGACAUCACAUUCCCUAGCAUGGUAGAUGCUGAAACAGAAAGCCAGAACUAAGAAAUGUUCAUAGCUCCGUAAUAAAGUGUCAACCAUUGCCAAGUGCAUCUUGUGUAUAGUACAACAGUCUUUCGUUUUGCUCAUGUUCUUACCUUCUCUUUUCUUCCAUUUUAUAUGACUUUGGUCUAUCUAGUUUAUGCGAGAUCCCUUAACAGUGUCAUAAAUAAAGUCCAACAAUAUUACAUGAAGGAUUGGGAUAUAAUAUUUUGAAUUAUGAUUGACAGAGUACUUAACUUUUUUGUACUUGUAGUCUACAGUCUGUAUUAUUAUUUGAUUAACUAAGAAUAUAACUGUUAAACCCAAUAAA